CUCUGCAUCUACCAGUGUUUCGGAGUCACAGGGUCCUCUCGUUGUUUUCAAAUGCUGGGAUAGAACAAUUAAUCGUAACAUAAACGUGACUUCCUCUCACAUUGAAGAAGAAAACAGUGAUAAUAAGAAUGACUUCUUUACUGAAAAAUGGCCUCCAAACACUGCAACAUCAAUCCUGGAAGAGAUGUUUCCACGUAUCAGCAGUGGCAAACAAGAAUAAUCGUUCAGGACGUCACAGGCCUUCUCUCAAGCAUAACAAACCGCUGACUUAUGAAAUGGCUACUACACCAGAGUAUCUGGCUCACAGGAAAUCGUGGAAUUCAUGGAAUACCUCAAACAUAAAGGACGGAAAUAGACCCUCUGAGACCGCAGUAGAAGACCUCUUCAUCCGUCGAUUCAUGACUGGCACCUGGCACAACAUCUUCGUCUCAGAGAUAAUAAUAAAACGACAGCACAACAUAAUAAGGGUAGCUGGGAUAAUAAAGCAGAAUAUGGCUCCCUCGAAAUUUUAUUUUCUGAUUGGUUACACCCAGGAACUGCUCAGCUACUGGCUCCAGUGUCCUGUGAAACUGGAGCUCCAAUCAGUUGCUGAUAGAGAAGCUGUUAUUUACAAGUAUAUAUAAACACGCUAACAACUCCUGUAUCGUUAAUUGGAAUAUUAAAUAUAGCUGAUAAUGAAAGAA